UCAUUGGUCUGUCCUUCCGUAGUUUCUCUUUCUUUUUCCGCGCUCAAACUAGCUUGCAGUAGGAAAUACCUUAAAGUUCUGGAUUGGUGCGUCAAUUCUCCGUGAUUUACAGCCUUCGGGUGUCUGGUGGUUGGUUGAGCAACAUUAGGGGACCGAGUUUUGGAGGACUUUUGAAGAAAAACAUCGCUUUUGCUUGAGCACCUGAGCAGGGGUGUCAGAAGUCAGGACAGGCAGACACAGGAUCACAGCAACUAUGGCUUCAGAAUUCUUGAUGAAUGUAAAGGAGGAGGUGACCUGUCCUAUCUGUCUGGACCUCAUGGUGGAACCUGUGAGUGCUGAUUGUGGUCACAGCUUCUGCCGAACCUGCAUCACACUGAACUGUGAGUCUAUUAAAGGCAAAGAGGGAGAGUUCACCUGCCCUGUGUGCCGAGUGAGUUACCUGUUUGGGAAUCUGAGGCCUAAUCGACAUUUGGCCAACAUAGUGGAGAGGCUCAAGGGGUUCAAGUCCAGCCCAGAGGGGGAGCAGAAGAUGAAUGUCUGUGCAAGGCAUGGAGAGAAACUGCAGCUCUUCUGUGAGAAGGACAAGGUGGCCAUCUGCUGGCUUUGUGAGCGGUCUCAGGAGCACCGUGGUCACCAAACAGCUCUCAUUGAAGAGGUGGCCCAAGAGUACAAGGGGAAGCUCCAGGCAGCUCUGCAAAAGCUGAUGGCAGACAAGAAAGAAUUGGAGAACUGGAAAGAUGACCUUCAAAAGGAGAGAACUUUCUGGGAGAAUCAAAUACAGAAAGAUGUAGAAAAUGUUCAGAUGGAGUUUAGAAGACUGGGAGACAUCCUGGACUCUGAGGAGAAGAAUGAGGUGCAGAAGCUGAUGCAAGAGAAGAAAGACAUUAUGAACAGCCUGGCAGAGUCUGAAAAUAAGCAUGCCCAGCAAAGCAAGUUGCUAGGAGACCUCAUCUCAGAUGUGGAGCAUCACUUGCAGUGCUCAACCAUGGAAAUGCUGCAGGGUGUGGAUGGCAUCAUAAAAUGGAGUCACAGUUUCUCACUCACGAAGUCCAAAACCAUCCCCAAGGAAGGAAGAAGAGUGUUCAGAGCCCCUGACCUACGAGGCAUGCUGCAGGUGCUGCAAGAGCUCAUAGAGGCCCAACGCUACUGGGUUCAAGUGACACUGGUCAAGAACAACAAUCCAAACAUUGCCAUUACCGAGGACAAGAGACAAAUAAGAUAUGAAGACCGUCAAGCAAGAAAUUUUGCACCCGGGGGUGAGAGCUGUCAUGAAGGUGUCCUGGGCUACCCAGCUAUCCAGUCAGGAAAACAUUAUUGGGAAGUAGAUGUGUCUGGAAAAGGUGCCUGGGUUCUGGGAUUAAGUGAUGGAAGCUACCUCUUCAAUCCGAUAUUUCGUUCAAAUGCUGAAAGACACCUAGAUCCCUUAUUCCGCUUGGGUAUUAGUAAUGAUUCACGUUAUCAACCUAGAUAUGGCUUCUGGGUUAUAGGGCUGUGGAAUAAGUGCGUGUAUAAUGCCUUUGAGGAGUGUGCUUUCACAGGCAAGCCCAGUGUCUUGACUCUAUCUCUGAUGGUUCCUCCCUGUCGUGUUGGCAUUUUCCUUGACUAUGCAGCUGGCACCCUCUCAUUUUACAAUAUUUCCCACCAUGGGACUCUCAUCUAUAGAUUCUGUGCAAAUUCCUUUCCUGAUAGGGUUUUCCCAUAUUUUAAUCCUAUGGGAUGUUCAGAGCCAAUGACAGUGUGCUGGUCAGACUCUUAACCCUUCAUCUGUUUCUGUGCAGGGCUUCUGGCUCUGGUGUGUAUCUCAUAUGCCUGGACUCCUGGACACCAUUUUACCCUUUAUUUUAUAUAUAUACCUAUAGAUAUAUUUUUUUUCUGUCUCUAGUCUUUCUCUGUGAACAUCUUUCACUGGUAAAUAGGAUAUAUUCAUUUCUUUGGGCAUAUUCUCCAGAUCCUUGUUUUGUUUUUGUUUUUGUUGAGAAUAGUAAAUCAUGUCCCAUAUGUUACAGGACAAAUAUUUGAGUCCUCACUGUGUAAGAUAUCUCUGCUGCCAAGUUCUUCUUUUGUUCUCUAUGCCCAAGAUGGAUCCCAAGCGCUGCACCACUGAGCCACUUCCCUCUGUUUUGUCUGUAUAACCCCAUUCUGCUCAUCAAUGGAAGAAGAUUAAAGAAAGCUCUUUAACAA